AUGGCGCGAUCUGCCGCCUCGUCUCCUGUAAAGAAGUCGGUGCAGGUGCCAUCAACGCCCUCGCAACCUACACCGGCACCCAUUUCUACCACAGCUCAAUCCACACCCCGUCGACCGACAGCAAAAGAUGAAAUCGAAGCAAAGCAUCAGUCUCACAAAUACGACGUAUCCACCAGCAAUGGAGCCACCACAGUCAGCAAGAAUCGCCACCGCAAGAACAAAAAGAGCUUCUCCGGCAUCAAGGAAGGCUCCGCCGAGUUUUCGCCCUUCCAGACGAUCAGCGAAGGUCGUGUCUCGCGCCUUCCUCUCGUCUUUACUCGUGAUGCUGACUACUUCUUUGCCGUCUCCAAGACGUCGGUCCGCAUCUACUCGCGCACCACGGGCCAGGUCGUUUCCACGCUUUCCAGCGGCCCCGGCUCCCACUUUGCCGCCAUCACCGCCAUCAUGAUCAACCCCGCCAACCCUUUGCAGCUGCUCACCGCCUCGCUUGAUGGACUUGUCAAGGUUUGGGACUUUUUGGAUGGUGUUUUGCUCUCGUCCUUUGACCUACAACUACCGAUUUCCGGUCUGGCGGCUCACGCCUCCAAACCCAACACCGUCUUUGUCCUCCUCAAGAAGUUCCGCCAUCGCGAUGCUGAGUCUGCGCCAAGGAGCAUGUCCGAGAUCUUGACCGCGCUUGACAACGGUGCGCCCUUCAACAGUAUCAUUGGUCACUUCGACCUUGAUCUGUCGGCGCAUGCUCACAAUCCUGCGGGGCUACCCAAGUUUUCUCGCGGCGCCUCCUUCCGUCCUGAACUCGUGCGUAUCGCAAAGACCAGAGAGGCUGCUUCCAUCGGUGUUUCUCCCAAUGGUCAAUGGCUCGUCGUUGUCGGUAGCGAUAAGGUGCAAGUGGCACGGAUCAACGACCUCGCCUCAGGCUUCACAAGGUUCAUCUCUUCUCACCCCGGAUCGCAUCAGCACCAACGCGAAGCCAUGACCUGCAUGGCAUUUCACCCGACCGAUUCGACUAGACUUGUCACGGGCGACGCGACCGGCCGCAUUCGUGUCUGGUACUGUCUGCAGAACAGCUUCAUGGCUCCCUCUAAGGACGAAGGCGACGAUGGCAUGGAACGACACGCUCCCUCAACCGUGCUUCAUUGGCACGCCCACGCCGUCUCCUCGCUCUGCUUUUCUCCCAACGGUGUGCAUCUGCUCUCGGGCGGUGAGGAAGGUGUUUUGGUGGUCUGGCAUCUGGGUGCUUCGGGAAACGCCGCUUCCAGAGAGUUUGUGCCACGUCUGGGCGCUCCUCUCUCGGCCAUUGCAGUAGCCAACGGUCUCGACGGAAGGGAGCAGGAGUAUGCCGUAUCGCUCGCAGAUGGCAGCAUCACGUUUGUCUCUUCCAUGACGCUCAAGCCCACACGCACUUUUACCCGUAUCAAGAUUGAUGCAUCGCGCCACCUUCCUGGUGCCUCGAUCCCCACCGACACCCCCGUGCCGCUCGCCGUGCACCCCGCCAGCCGCAACAUCGUCCUCUUGGCUGGUCACCCUUCGUCGUUGCAGUUUUACGAUCCCAUCAAGGACAUCAACACGAUGGAACUCGAGGUGUCUCCGUCCAACCGCGUCUCGCGCGUCGAAGAAGAGCAGAUCGAGCCCACCCGCGUCGAACGUGUCGUCUUUUCUCCGUUCGUUUCCUCCAAGACGGCCGAAUCCGGAGAGUGGAUGGUGACGUUCGACAGCCGUAAUCUGUCCGACUUUGAGGGCGAGGUUGACGUCGUCUCGGAGUCGAGUCUCAAGUUCUGGCGAUGGAACCCGCUGAAUCGACGCUAUACGCUCAACACACGCAUCGACCGACCGCACAAUGGCCUGCGCCUAACUUCGAUCACCUUUUCACCCAAAUCUGCGCUGCUCGUCACCACCGCUGCGGACGGCAAGGUGCGCAGCUGGCACCUGGCUUCGCGCAAGCUCAAGUCGGGCAAAACCGAGAGCUACUGGGCGUGCCGUUCGGUGUUUGGUUACCGCGAGCAGACGCCUACUACGGCCGCGUUCUCUGCGGAUGGAUCUAUUCUGGCAGUCGGUCAGGCAGGGAGCGUGACGCUGUGGAGCCCGGAGAGCAACCUCAUGUCAAUGGUCAUCUCGGCACCCGAGCUGGUUGGAGGUGUUCAGAGCUUGGCCUUUUCGGGUCGAUACUUGGGUGUCGCCACUGCUACGACGGUGCUCAUUUGGGAUCUCAUCUUGUCGCGACAGGUCUCUCGCAAAGGCAUCGAUGCCGGUCUCGAAGCUAAGCUGCUCUUGCCCGCCUCAGACAAGACCAGCCAGGCUGAUGCAGAAGAUCGUCACAUCUUUACGCUGGUCUCGUCGAGCGAUGCUGACGGUGCUGACGACGUCGUGUCUGCUGCUCAACAGGUCAAGACGGUUGUGGAGCCGGUUUCGCUCGUUUCGGAUCGAGAGAUGGCGUCUUCCUCCGCCUUGGGCUCCGCUGCCGCAGUCAACAGGAUUGGUUCGUCAUCGAACAAAGUGGUUUUCCGCACGGCGGUCACCUGUGUGGCACCCGUCCCCUUGCCCGUAGGUAUUGCGGCUCAAGCACAAGACUUUGUCGCCAUCAGCAAGGAGACGGACCUCGUCACUUUCUCGUCGUCGUCGGCCUUUGGCUCGAGGAUCGCCACUGCUGAUGGUGCUACGGCUGGAAGCAUUCGCGGUAUCUCCAACGUGCGAAAGACGCUCUUUGACGAUCUGUUUGGACCUUCUGCUUUCCACGAUGCACGUCUGGAUGCCCAGGAUGACGAUAACGAGGGCGAGGUUCUCAAGAUCGCAGCCGCCGGUGCCGGUGGUGUUGGAUCGGGCGUGGCAUCGCUGUUCUCGACCGCGCCGCACUUGCUGCCGCCCGUCACUCUACUGUUUGACGCUUUCCUGUCCAAGAUGUUGCCCGCGGCCAAUCCGACGUCGACAACCCAGACCGAUGCGACACCGCACGCUUUGGUCACCGCUGAUCCUGAGAAGGCAGACGUGGUUACAAGCGAGAAGGUCCAGGGCGCAGCAGCGCAGCAAGAACGAGGCGUGUCGGAUGUUUUGCUGGCAGACACGGACGAGCUCGUCGAGCUGUUCAAGAAUCAGAUCUUGGUGGAUGGGAGGAGCGGUUCAGCUCCCAAGGCGGCCAAAGUGAAUGGACCCACGACGACACCCGUGAAGAGUGCUCAGAUCAACGGAGCAGCGCCGUCAACGCCCGCGGCCAUGUCGACGCCUAACUCGAGUUUCGGAACUCCCAAACAGACAGCCAAACAGACAGGAGGAGCUGACGACGCGACGCCUUCAAAGGCAUCCAGGAAGCGCAAAAUGUAA